AUGGGCGAUAUCACUGAUGCUAUCUCGACCGGGUCGGAUUACGCAUCUCUCUCGGACGAGGAGAUUAUUGCCCGCCUCUGCACCUACACCCCUGUCAACCCCGACUCGGAGAAGAAUGUCUGGGCCUACUGGGACAAAGGUCUUGUGAACGCACCAGCGUGGAAUCAGCGAAAUGUCGUGAGUUGGGUCCGGCGUCUAGGGCCGUCCUGGACUGUCCGCGUUCUGGACAUCGUGGGCGGCUCGCCCACUCACGUUUCCAAGUACGUUGACGACUCGUACCUGCCCAAGGCCUUUCUCGACAAGGACUUGCCCGGACCUCACGCUGCUGCCAGCGCGUCGGACCUCGUGAGAUUGCCUCUGCUCUAUCAAUACGGAGGCGUCUGGAUCGAUGUGGGCUUGCUUCUCUUCCGUAGUCUCGACGCGCUGUGCUGGGACGCCCUGACAGAGCCAGGCACGUCAUACGAGCUGGCCGGUUUUGCCGUCAAUAUGGGCCCAGAGGUCGGCAUGAUCUUCAACGGAUUCAUCGCGGCUCGAAAGGGCUGCAUCUGCGCCAAGUACUGGCACGACAUCCUUCUGGAAGCCUGGCGCCACACGAACAGUAUCAGUGGCAUGAGCAGCCACCCCCUGCUCCGCCAUCUGCCACGAUACGAGCCGCCGUCUCGAAACGGCAAGAUGCCUCCCUUUCGGUACGCGCAGUUCGCCGACUAUCUAUCCCAGGUCUUUGCGCUGGAGCGUCUUCGGCACCUUACGGACCCGGAGACUGGAUGGAACGGUCCCGAGUAUUUCGACGCCAAGGUGUUGCUCUUUGACUGCGUCAGCGAAGUCUACUGGGCAGAGCGGCUGACCAACUGGGACGGCAAGAAGCAGUUUGAGCUCUUGGGCCAGCAGAGAGAGGGUGCGGUGGAAGAGGACGGAGGAUACAAGGAGGCCGACGCCUUCGUGUCUGGUAUCCUGUCCAAGUCCUCGACGAUGAAGAUCUCCCACGGGCUCCCCACUGCCGGCAGGGUGUACCUGGCGGAGUUGUGGGACAAGCCAGAGAACGCGGAUGCGGACAGGAAACCGGGUAGCUUUGCGGCAUAUCUUAGAUGGGCCAGUGAGCACUUCGAACAGACCCUGCCGCUGCAGCCAGUGAAGAUGCCGCUGGUUCCCGGCAGCUCCCUGACAGGUGGUAUUCUGACGGGGCGGGGCAAGCCCCGCGAGGAGGAAGGACAAGAGAACUGUGCCGAUGGCACUUAG